AUGGACAGCGCCAAACGACCCAAGCUACUUGGGUCGAUUAAAAAUGGAGAAUACAAAUUGCUCCCGUUAAACAAUAAUAAUUCAAUAAACAACACCAUACCUACCACAAUGCUUCAUCCGCAAUUAUUGAAUGAGCUUUCAUCGUUAUCGUCAGUGUCUAUCCAUACUGGAAGUCAAAACAUGGCUCGCGAGAAUGCUUCAUCGUCAAAACAAACUGUAUCAAGCGAUAAACGCAAGCCGGUUUCUCGUACGAAUAAUGCAAUGGUAGACAAUGUACCGUCCACAUCGAUGGUAGUUCGUUCUUCUAUGGAUCACUUCUCGUUUAUGGAAACAACUGCAUCAACUUCGGGUGCUUGUCAACGAAAACCUAAACCCCUUUCAUCUACUGCUUCAAUGGCAACGCAAACGGAUUUUUCUAGUGGACAGAACGUGGGAUUAGAUGCCAUACUAGAAAAAUUAGACACCAUGCAGAGGGUGCAACAAAGACAGGCAGACAUGUAUCAUAAGAAAAUGCUGGAUAUGGAGAAGCAGCAGAAAUUAAUACGAGCACAGUUGGAUAUUUUAUCCGACAAAUUGAUUCCACGGCCAGGAUUUGUUGCGGAAUCGUCGUUUGAAUGGGAAACGUUGGGGACCAGGGAAGAACUAGAUGGACUGGAGGAAAGAUUGGGGGAACCAGAGUUCAAAAAAAAAUUUAUGGAAUUUUUAGAUACAAAGCUGCCGACCGACAGUUCAGAAGCUAGACUCCAUGAUAUCAUGGACAUUAUAUUCAAAAAGGAUUUUGUAACACAAGCCAACUGGACAGGAUUAGGACCAGAUAAAGUUUGUUUUUCAAAUUAUGAAAGGGUUAUUCAGAUUUUUAAAUUUAUAGGAACAUGUCAUGGAGUUUCACCCACGGACCAAAGAAUCAAAACAUUUUUCCAAAAUAAGUUUAAACAUUCAAAACAAAGACUUAACAUGGUGGGAAAAGUUAAAACUGUACCUCAUAGACGCAAAGUUUAG